AUGCAUCAAGUCCCGUAUCACGCCUCACAACCCAUCAUCAUCUCUGGCCCCUCGGGCGUCGGGAAGCGAACACUCCUCACCAAACUAUGCGAGUCACACCCCGAGACCUUUAGCAUUGUCGUGUCACACACCACGCGUCCUCCACGGCCUGGCGAAAUCCAAGGUGUCCAUUACCACUUUACGACCGAGACGGAAUUCCAGUAUCUCUACGCGCAAGGUGCAUUUAUUGAAUGCACUGUUUAUAAUGGAUACCAUUACGGCACGUCAUUCCAUUCCAUCGAGGAUUUCAUAGAUAGACACAUGGUGCCCUUGUUGGACAUUGAUAUGGAGGGUGUCAAGGCGAUGAAGAAAUUCGAGAGGAUGAGUGCAAGAUAUGUUUUUAUUGCACCGCUGAACUUGGAGGUUCUAGAGGCGCGACUACGAGGUCGGGGGACGAAGGAUGAAGACGCCAUUCAGAAGCGAUUUGCAAAGGUGAAGAAAGAGCUUGACUACGCGGCGAAACCUGGAACCUACGAUUUGAUCAUCGUCAACGAUGAUCUGCCCACGACACUAAAGGAGCUCGAAGCCUUUGCACUCUCAACAGAACCACUUCCACCAAAGCAAAGGACAUUUCGGGAAAAGGUAGAAACAUGGUUCGACGUCAAGUUGAGGUGGCUCCAUUAA